AUGCAGGACUUUAGGGAGGUCCUUUCGUUCUGUGAUGUGCAUGAUAUUGGUUUCUCUGGGGUUCCGUGGACUUUUGACAAUAAACAGAGAGGUGAACGCAACGUCAAAGUACGCCUGGACAGAGCGGUGGCCUCCCCGGAUUGGUCGAUCCGCUUCCCCGACGCUAAAGUACACCAUCUUGUCUCCUCCCGCUCUGACCACUGUCCUCUCCUAGUUGCCAUGUUGCCUGUGCGUGAGGUGCGUAGACAUCACCAAAUUCGGCGAUACGAGGUCAUGUGGGAGCGUGAACCAUCUCUGGCUGCUACAGUUGAGGACGCCUGGUCUCGGCGCGUUGGUGUGCAUGACUUGGGUGAUAUAUGCUCCUCUUUCCAUACCAUUAUGGGCUCACUCUAUGAUUGGAAGAAGAAGCAUUUUAAGCCUGUUUCUAAGGAAAUUGAGAAGAAACGCAAAAGGCUAGAGGAACUCUUGUCACUGACAGAUGAUGACAGUAUCGCUGCACGGAAACAACUCAUGUGUGAGAUGGAUGAAUUGCUGUACCGUGAAGAACUUAUGUGGAUGCAGCGAUCGCGUGUCGCGUGGCUUCGGGAGGGGGACCGGAAUACGAGAUACUUUCACCGGAAGGCUACUUGGCGGAGGAAGAAGAACAAAAUACUGAAGCUAAAACGGCCAGAUGGCUCCUGGGCAGAAAAUGAAGAGGAAAUUGGAGAGAUGGCUACGUCUUUCUUUGCCAACUUAUACACAAAGGAUGAUGAUGUGCUACCUGCUGAUUUGCUACACCUUUUCUCGCCGAGAGUGGAUGAUGACAUGAACCAAACUCUGUGUGCACCAUUCUCUGAGAAGGAGAUCAGCGAUGCCUUAUUUCAAAUCGGUCCUCUUAAGGCACCAGGCCCGGAUGGUUUCCCGGCGAGGUUUCUCCAACGGAACUGGGAUUUGCUCAAGGAGGAUAUCAUCAAGGCGGUGCAGGCGUUCUUUAGUUCUGGGGAAAUGCCUGAGGUGGUGAAUGAUACAGCCAUAAUUCUCAUUCCGAAGAAGAAUAAUCCGGAAGAGCUGAAGGAUUUCAGGCCCAUCAGCUUAUGCAAUGUUGUUUUUAAGAUCAUCUCUAAAUGCAUGGUUAAUCGCCUUCGGCCACUCCUGCACGACAUUAUCUCUCCCAUGCAGUCAGCUUUCAUUCCAGGCAGGUUGAUAACAGACAAUGCCUUGAUGGCAUUCGAAUGCUUUCAUGCGAUACAGAGUAAUUCCGCAGAUCGGUCUAAGUUUUGUGCUUAUAAACUGGAUUUGGCUAAGGCUUAUGACCGCGUGGAUUGGCGCUAUCUCGAAGGUGUAAUGACGAAAUUGGGCUUUCAUAGCACAUGGGUGCGGUGGAUUAUGCAGUGUGUCACCACCGUUCGAUAUUCCGUUCGUCUCAAUGGACAUGUGUUGGACACCUUCACGCCUACACGCGGGCUACGCCAAGGCGAUCCGCUUUCACCAUAUUUGUUUCUCCUAGUGGCAGAUGGUCUGUCUAGGUUAAUCCAGAAAGAAGUUGAGGAUGGCAACCUGAAGGAGCUUAUGAUCUGCAGGCGCGCUCCCGGCAUGUCUCAUCUUUUAUUUGCUGACGACAGCUUGUUGUUCUUCCAGGGGUCGGUGCAGCAGGCAUCUGUUGUUAAAAGCAUCCUGAAUAAAUAUGAGAAGGGUACAGGCCAGCUUGUCAGCCUGGGGAAAUGUUCGAUCAUGUACGGGCGUAGGGUGGAAGAGCAAGCGCAAGCGGAAAUCAAGCAAAUCCUGCAAUAUGAGACAGAAAGUUUUGAUGAGAAGUAUCUUGGACUUCCUGUGCCAGAGGGUCAAAUGAGGAAGGGCAAAUUCAAAACCUUGAAGGAACGUUUUCAGAAGCGACUAAGUGACUGGGUUGAGAAGUACCUGUCCAGUGGAGGUAAAGAGGUGUUGAUAAAAGCAAUCCUACAAGCUCUACCCGUCUAUGCCAUGAGUGUCUUUCAGUUUCCUGCUGGUCUUGUGGAGGAACUAAAUCAGCUAAUUCGGAACUUCCAUUGGGGAGACGAACACGAUCGGCGACGCAUGCAUUGGCUCUCCUGGGAUAAACUGACACAACCAAAACUGAAUGGCGGAAUGGGCUUUCGGGACUUCAGGGUUUACAAUCAAGCGCUUCUUGCGCGGCAGGCGUGGAGGCUCCUGCAGUUCCCUGAUAGCCCCUGUGCACGCCUUCUCAAGGCCAAGUACUAUCCUUCUGGCCACUUGCUCGACACAGCUUUUAUCCAGGACGUAUCGGCAACCUGGAAGGGGGUGAUGCAUGGGCUCGAGCUUCUCAAGCAAGGAGCCAUAUGGCGUGUCGGGUCUGGCUCCAUGGUUAAAAUAUGGCGUGACAACUGGCUUCCACGAGCAGACAAUCUGAAACUUUCAGGUAUGAAGGAGAGGUGCAGGCUCAAAUGGGUGUCACAACUCAUUGAUCCAGCGACACAUACAUGGGAUGAGGCUACCAUUCGGCAAUACUGCUUCCCUCAUGAUGGUGAGGCCAUUCUCCAAAUCAAAUUACCGCAUCGGCGAUCAGAAGACUUUGUAGCAUGGCACUUCGAGAGCUCUGGUGUCUUUUCGGUCAGGAGCGCAUACAAGCUGGGCAUGCAACCGAAGUCACAGGCUCUCAGCAGAGGGCAGAGCAGCCAUGAGGCCGGGGGAGAGCGGAGCAUCUGGAACCUGGUUUGGAAGACACCAGUCCCACAGAAGGUGCGGAUUUUUGCCUGGCGUUUGGCCACUGAUUCGCUUGCGGUCGCAGACAGUCUACACCGGCGCAUACCUAAGAUCCUACCAAUCUGCCAAAUUUGCGGAGCUCACACAGAAGACGCGCACCAUGCCAUGGUGCGGUGUACCCUUGCUCGUGCCCUGCGUGAUAGCAUGCGCCAAGUCUGGACGCUGCCCAAAGAGGAGGACUUCCGCUACACUGGCCAAGACUGGUUCCUGAUGCUUCUUAACGCUGCUAAUAAGGAUAUGCGAGUCAAGUUGCUCUUCUUGUUCUGGCGCAUUUGGCACCAUCGAAACAAUGUCGUUCAUGGGGAUGGAAAAGCUUCUAUAGAGGCUUCGAAAUCGUUUCUACAGAACUAUCUCCAUUCAUUCCAACCGGGAUCGGCCAAACCUGACCACAAAGGAAAAGCAGUUAUGGUGCCUAUCAAGGCAGCCACAUCUGACCAGGUGACUGAGGCACCAUCUGAAUGGCAAGCCCCGGAUAGUGGAUGGAUCAAGAUCAAUGUAGAUGCAGGCUGGAACGAUGCUCAUAGUGCAGGAGGUGCUGGCAUGGUCGUGAGGGACUCGUUGGGGUGGAUAGUCUUUUCUGCAUGGAAAACUCUCCCACCAUGUGCAAGCGCGGAGGAGGCUGAAAUUCUUGCUUGUCUUGAAGGAAUUCUCUAUUUGGCCGCGCAUCCAGGAUGUCCAGGAGUUCUUGAAACUGACUGUGCUAGUCUUGUUUCUGUCUUAGGCGCCAAGGAGGAUGACCGAUCUGCAAACUGGUUUCUUUUGUUGGAGGCUCGCACUUUGAUGGGCAUGAUACCUCAGAUUAAGAUUUGA